AUGCCAACCAAGACUGCAAAAUAUGUAUAUCAUGGACAUAGCAAGAUCAUCUCUGGUGUUAUUGCUGUGCUUGAAAACACCGAUGAGCCACUCUCUUUACAAGAACUAGUAGAUGAAAUGACUAAGCGACAGUUAGUCGUAUUCCAUGGUGCAACCCCACGCAACACCGUGAGCGGUGAAAUCAGCAAACUCCUUAACGCUGUGGGACAUAACAACGCACCCAUCUUGAAAGUCAAUCAAGGCAAGCUUACAAAGUUCUGCUUACGAGCCCGACAGAAACAGCAGGAUGGACUUAAAGAGACCUUGACCGGUCGAAUCCAGAAAAAACAUCCUCCCCGUCUCUGCAGACAUUCCUCAAUGUCAAGCUCGUCGUCUUCUGAUGAGCAGAAUCCAGGUCUUGACUUUGAUCAAAAGCAGCGUCGCUUGGACGAUUUGAAGGCUGCAUACUUGUUAUCUUGUCUCUCCGCUCAUUCCUUUUGGCUAAAUUACAAUGAACCUGAAAGAGACUUUGAGUAUUUCGUCGAAUCGCACGUGGGUGACGACUACUCUGACUGUUGA